AUGGGUUCAGUUAUUAAGAAUGGUGUUUAUGCUAACAUUUCCAGAUGGUAUAAUUUAUUAGCUGAAGAUAAAAGAUUUGAAGGUUCAGUCGAAUUAAUGAGUAAAUCUUUAGUUGAAUUGAGAAAAGCUGCUAAAUCUGCUAAAACUGCUGCUAGUGGUGGUAAAAAAGAAGCUCAUAAAGCAAGUUUUGAAAUUGAUUUACCAGGAGCUGAAAUGGGUAAAGUUGUUACUAGAUUCCCACCUGAACCAUCUGGUUAUUUACAUAUUGGACAUGCUAAAGCUGCUGUUUUGAAUGAAUAUUUUGCUCAUAAAUUUAAUGGUAAAUUGAUUAUUAGAUUUGAUGAUACUAAUCCAACUAAAGAAAAAGUUGAAUUCCAAGAUUCUAUUCUUGAAGAUUUGAAAUUGUUGGGUAUUAAAGGUGAUAAAAUCACUUAUUCAUCUGAUUAUUUUGAUACUAUGUAUGAUUUGGCUGUCAAGAUGAUUAAAGAUGGCAAUGCUUAUUGUGAUGAUACUCCAGUUGAAAAAAUGAGAGAAGAAAGAAUGGUUGGUGAUGCCUCCGCCAGAAGAAAUAGAUCCAUUGAAGAAAACUUGAAGAUUUUCACUGAAGAAAUGAAGAAUGGUACUGAAGAAGGUUUAAAGAAUUGUUUGAGAGCCAAGAUUGAUUACAAGAAUCCAAACAAAACUUUAAGAGAUCCAACUAUUUACAGAUGUAACUUGACUCCUCAUCAUAGAACUGGUACUGCUUGGAAAAUGUACCCAAUUUACGAUUUCUGUGUUCCAGUUGUUGAUUCUAUUGAAGGUGUUACUCAUGCUUUGAGAACCAAUGAAUAUAGAGACCGUAACCCACAAUAUGAAUGGAUUCAAAAUGCUUUAGGUUUAAGAUCUGUUGCUAUUUGGGAUUUCGGUAGAGUUAAUUUUGUUAGAACUUUAUUAUCCAAGAGAAAAUUACAAUGGUUUGUUGAUAAAAACUAUGUUUCUAACUGGGAUGAUCCAAGAUUCCCAACUGUUAGAGGGGUUAGAAGAAGAGGUAUGACUGUUGAAGGUUUAAGAAAUUUCAUUAUUUCUCAAGGUCCUUCUAGAAAUAUCAUUAAUUUGGAAUGGUCUCUUAUUUGGGCUAUGAACAAAAAAAUCAUUGAUCCAGUUUGUCCAAGAUUCACUGCUGUUGAUGCAGCCAAUGUUGUUCCAGUUAAAUUAUUGAAUGGACCAAAAGAACCAUCAACUGAAUCAAAACCAAAACAUAAGAAGAACCCAGAUAUUGGUAACAAAGAUGUUAUUUUCGCUGAUCAAGUUUUAAUUGAUCAAGCUGAUGCUGAUUUAACUGAAGGUGAAGAAGUUACUUUUAUGGAUUGGGGUAACAUUAUUGUUUCUAAAGUUGUUAAAGGUGAUGAUGGUAUUGUUAAAUCCAUUGAAGCCAACUUACAUUUGGAAGGUGAUUUCCGUAAGACUUCAAAGAAACUUACUUGGUUGGCUGAUACUAAAGAUAAAGUUGAAAUUGAUAUGGUUGAUUUUGAUCAUUUGAUUACUAAAGAUAAAUUAGAAGAAAAUGAUAAUUUUGAAGAUUUCAUUACUCCAGAAACUGAAUUCCAUACUAAAGGUUUUGCUGAUUUGAAUGUUGCUAAAUUACAAGCUGGUGAUAUUAUUCAAUUUGAAAGAAAAGGUUACUUUAGAGUUGAUCAACCAUAUGAAGAAGGUAAACCUGUUGUUUUGUUUACUAUUCCUGAUGGUAAAGCCGUUUCUAGAUAUGGUGCUAAGAAAUAA